AUGACAACCUCCAGCUCCAUGAAGAAGCCUCUGCUCACCCCCAGCUGCCCAGAUCCCAUCCUCGAGCGGCCGCUGAAGGUGGAGCUGAGGCAGCCAGUCCGGUGUGAUGAGGGCUCUCAGGACGAACGUCCCUUUCCCGUGCCAGGGGACCCCAAGGUGCCGGUGCUGUACGAAGUGGAGCGGACCCGCACAGGGAAGAGUUUCUCCGUUCGCUCUGUAAAGGCCAUCCAGCAUGGAAAGCCCAUCUUCACCUGCCAGGCCUCCUUCCAGCUCUCGCAGGGGAGCCCAGUGCAGCACCAGUUCACCAUGCCGACCGUGCCACCCCCCGAGGAGCUGCUGACACAGGAGGAGCUCAUCCAGAAGUUUCUGCAGAAUCCUAAUGUGGCUGAGGGCUACAGGAAGCGUCUCACCAAGAUCCAAGCUCAAGAUGUGCCAAUUGACAUUAAACCCGUGAACCCACCAGAUAUAUUCAGCUCAGAGCCACAGGAGCCAAAGCAGCUCUUCUGGGUGCGAGCACGAGGCUACAUAGGAGAGACUGACAUGAAGGUGCACUGCUGCGUGGCUGCCUACAUCUCUGACUAUGCCUUCCUGGGCACGGCCCUGCUCCCGCACCGGCAGUACCGUGUCAAGUUCAUGGUGUCCCUCGACCAUUCCAUGUGGUUCCAUGCACCCUUCCGAGCUGACCACUGGAUGCUGUACGAGUGUGAGAGCCCCUGGGCUGGUGGGUGCCGGGGCUUGGUGCAGGGACGGCUGUGGCGCAGGGAUGGGGUCCUGGCUGUCACCUGCGCACAGGAAGGUGUCAUCAGGGUGGAACAGACACCAACCCAGAGCAAGCUCUAGCUGAGGACACCCUACAGACUGGGGCUGAAGCAUGCCCAGGGAGGGACCCUGAGAUGAAGGCAGGACCUGGACAGGAACAGGAAGGAGACCAGGUGGGACCAAGCACUGCAGGAAGUCCUGGUGCCCGAGGUGUCUGCGACAGACUGUGACCAACAGAGCAUCGUUGCAACCAACUGCUAGCUGCACAGCAUGUAAGCACAUGCUGCCGUCAGCUAUCUUUCACCCACCUUAAAAUAAAGCCGUUGGGUGAAGAGCUGGA